UUUGUCGAUGAUUCGGGAUGAAUUUAGAGGUGGAAAAAUUAACCUAGAAAAAACUCACAAAUUACUUGAAAAAUUAGAUAUUCAGUGCAAUUAUGUUCAUGUGAAAUCUAUUUUUAAGGUGAGAUAAUAUCCACCCCUUGUCUGCCCCACCCUAUGAAGGACUUAAUCCAAUAUAGGGGAAAUGUCAACAGCUACUUGGAUGCUUUCUACAGAAAAUACAUAUGAAAAAUUAGUCUCUUGAGAAUUAAAGCAAUUAAUUAUGCUAAAUAUAUUUACAAUCAAGAAGGAGAGAAUUUAGGUAGGAGAUAAAAUAAGUUAAUGGUAAAAUUUGAAAUAAUACCAGGUUAUUAAUUUAGCAUAAUUAGUUGAAGAUACAAGAAUGUUCAUGUAAGAUUAGGAUUGGUCAUAUGAUUAGAUCAAAAUCACAUAAAUGAAGAAAUGGUAAAUGGAUUAGAUGUUAGUGAUUUAUAGAAGGAAAAAGAAAUCUUGAGAAAAAUGGUAUUUUACUCACUUCAAAGUAGAAAAUCAUGCCAGAAGUUUUCUUUGUUUGAAGAACUAGUGGGGAUGGAAACUGGAUCAAUUUUUUUCACUAAAGACAGAGGGAAAGAUCAUCAAUAAGUAAGAAAAAUCCAAGCACUCAGCUGAGUUUUGUGCUAGGAAAUGGCAAAUUUCUUGGCAAAUCAAGUAAAAAUACUGGAUUGGCUACUUAAGUUAAGAAGAUGGAAAUCCUGAAUAUUAUACUGUUUUCUGAAAGUGACUACCCAGAUAACAGUCUGUGAAAUUCUUACCAUUAAUACAAACUGGGAAACCUGUGUUACCUGCCUGUAAGCUAACCAGUUAGCCUGAUAUAAUUUCAUGGAUGACGGCUGAGGCAGGCUUUUGGUUCAGAGAAAAUAGCCUUGUUACAAAAAUAGCCAUUGCAAGGGUAUCAGCAUUUUGGUGCUAUUUCUCCAAGUCUCAAUUCCCAAAGCAUGAUGUGAAGAGGGCCAACUGACAGAAGCACAUGCCCUGGGUUGUCUUAUCAGAGAGGGACCUCAAGUUUAAGGAACCCAAAUCUUUUAUUACAGGAAGUAAGCCUGUCUGAUCUUUGCCCUGGAGGGUGCCCUUAUCAUUAUUAUCAUGCACAGUAAAGAAACCUGCUUUUUCCCCUCGAGGGAGAUAUUAUCUUUUCAUCAUGCAAACAUCCUUGAAAAGCUAGUUCUGAAGUAAGUGUUGGUGCCUCUGCUGGAAAACCUGCAGAGACACAGGAGACCAUGGAGCAGCCCUAUCAAGUACUUCUCUCAACAAGAUUUAGCCCCCAUGUUUACAAAUCACAAAGAGGAGGUUCAAAAAAAAAAAAAGCUGCACUUCUCAAGAGACUAAAGUAAAAGACAAAAGUUUCAGAUUGUUUUUUAUGAAUGCAAGUAGUCCGUGCUGCCAUAAACUAUCAGAAUUUUAAGCAACUCAUGUCUAAUACUAUACCUGAAGAACACAAGGUUUGUGAAAGAUCUUCACAAGUAGAACUUCCCCCCAGUGGUAUCACUCAAUGGGAGAACCAAAUAAGUACUUUUUUGGUUUAAUAAAAUUCACGUUCAACACAACAGAGAGUAGGAUAAUGACAGGCUGAAGCAAGGAAGAAUCACCAUAGAAGAAUUUAGAUCAAUUUAUCGAAUUAUUGCGCACAGAGAAGAAAUUGUUGAGAUUUUCAACACGUAUUCUGGUAACCAGAAAUUUCUUGUUGAAAAAAACCUGCUCCAAUUUUUGAUACAAGAACAGUAUAUACUUGACAUGAGUCAAAAUAUUGCUUUUGAGAUCAUUCAGAAAUAUGAGCCUAUUGAAGAAGUUAAGAGAGCACAUCGGAUGUCAUUUGAAGGUUUUAUAAGAUACAUGGGUUCAUCUGAAUGUCUAAUAUUUAAACCUGAUUGUGGAAGAGUUUAUCAAGAUAUGACUCAACCACUAAAUGAUUAUUUUAUUUCAAGUUCACAUAAUACCUACUUGAUAUCUGACCAGUUACUGGGACCAAGUGACCUUUGGGGAUAUGUAAGUGCCCUUGUGAAAGGAUGCCGUUGUCUGGAAAUUGACUGCUGGGAUGGAUCACAAAAUGAACCUAUUGUAUACCAUGGUUAUACACUCACCAGCAAGCUUUUGUUUAAAACAGUUAUCCAAGCAAUACACAAAUAUGCAUUCUUAACAUCUGACUACCCAGUGGUGCUCUCUUUAGAAAAUCACUGCUCCCCUUCCCAACAAGAAGUGAUGGCAGACACUUUGCAGUCUGUUUUUGGAGAUGCCUUGCUUUCUGAUAUGCUUGAUGAUUUUCCAGACAAACUACCUUCACCAGAGGUAUUAAAAUUCAAAGUAUUAGUUAGGAACAAGAAAAUAGGAACCUUAAGGGAAACCCGUGAAAGGAAAGGUUCUAAUAAGCAUGGUCAGGUAGAGGAAUUUGAAGAGAUAUAUCAAGAUGAAAUCAAAGGAUCAGAAACAUUGAUUGGAUCAGAAGACAAUCCAGGAAAGGAAGAUGAGAUAAUAAGCGUAGCUGGAGUACCACUUUUCAAGAAAAGGAAGGUAAAGGUGGCUCUGGCCCUAUCUGAUCUUGUCAUUUAUACCAAAGCCGAGAAGUUCAGAAGCUUUCAGCAUUCAAGACUGUAUCAGCAAUUUAAUGAAAGUAAUUCUAUUGGGGAGACAGAAGCCCGAAAACUUUUAAAGCUGAGAGCCCACGAGUUUGUUCUUCACACCAGGAGGUUCAUUACCAGAAUUUAUCCCAAAGCAACAAGAACAGACUCCUCUAAUUUUAAUCCUCAAGAAUUUUGGAAUAUAGGUUGUCAAAUGGUGGCCUUAAAUUUCCAGACACCUGGUCUGCCUAUGGAUCUUCAAAAUGGGAAAUUUUUGGAUAAUGGUGGUUCUGGAUAUAUUUUGAAACCACAGUUCCUAAGAGAUAUUAAAACACAGUUUAAUCCGAAUAAAUCACCAAACCAGAGUGAUCCAGUUACACUUACAAUAAGGCUCAUCAGUGGUAUCCAGUUACCUCCCAGUAACCAUUCAUCAUCUAACAAAGCUGAUGCAUUAGUGAUUCUAGAACUUUUUGGUGUUCCAAAUGAUCAAACGAAACAGCAGACUCGUGUCAUUAAAAGAAAUGCUUUUAGUCCAAGAUGGAAUGAAACGUUCACAUUUAUUAUUCAAGUGCCAGAAUUGGCAUUGAUGCGUUUUGUUGUUGAAAGUCAAGGUUUAAUAACUGGAAAUGAAUUUCUUGGCCAAUAUACUUUACCAGUUUUAAGCAUGAACAAAGGUUACCGUCGUGUUCCUCUGUUUUCCAAAAUGGGCGAGAGUCUUGAGCCUGCCUCACUGUUUGUUUACAUUUGCAAAAUAAUUAUUUGCAAAAACAGAAAUAUUGAGCAAGUUCACCUGUAACGCGCAAAAUAGAAUGGUGGAAAAAGGAGAACCAAACCUUCAGAGGUUCGCAACAGUGUGUCAUUCUUGUCAGCCAGAUUUUCCUGUUCCUCUAUUGCUGAAGCUGCUCUUGCCACCUGCUUGUAUCAUUUUAAAUUGGUAGAAUUUACAAGCUCUUAAA